AUAAAUUAAUUAAUGCAAGAUUGAAUUAGUAUUAAUUAUAAACUGCAUUAAUCAAUUUUCCCUUGACAAUAUAAUAUCCCAUCCAUCUUAUCCCAUUUUUCUGCCUCCAAUUCUCCAUUGCAGAUUUUUGCUAACACACAGUAGUCUUCUCCUACAACACCACCUUCUCUCUCUCUCAACCACAAAUGGUGCUGCAAAAUCGUCGCCACAGAUUCUUCAAAUUCAGGAGCCCCGUUUCCUUAAAAGCCCCACUUUUCGAUCAUUUCCGCUUUUGAAUUUCUUUUAUUAUUAUUAUUAAAAAGUAGCGCAUCUUCCACCUUCAACAGUGUUUGUUGCUAGCUUUCAACUUUGCCCUCUAUAUUUAUUGGGGUGUGGAUUUCUUCUGUUUUUGUGAAGGAAGCAAAUGAAUUGUUACGAAUUUUCACAUCAAGUAUUGGGAAUGGGUUGGAUUAUGCUGCGCAUAGACUACUCGCGCCUCUUCUGGCUCUUGUUCGGCGUCUUCUCCUACGAGAAUCACGAAGGAAAACCUCGGAUUUUCUAGCAAAAAUCUCCCCUUUAUUUCUUACUACUACCUACCUACCUACAAUAUUAAUCCAAGUGUGUUUUGUUUCAUUUUAAUUGUUUUUUCUAUAUUAUAUAUAUAUUGGUGAAUUAUGUAUAAAAGUCGAGGUAUGGAAGCCAUGGAUGAUGGAGGGAAGCUGUACGUGGAGAUGGAUCCGUCUGAGAGAUAUGGUCGUUUGAAAGAUGUUCUUGGCAAAGGGGCGAUGAAGACGGUGUAUAGAGGCUUCGACGAGGUUUUGGGAAUGGAAGUGGCAUGGAAUCAAGUGAAACUCGACAACAUUCUCAACUCCCCCGAAGACCUCCAACGCCUCUACUCCGAGGUUCACUUGCUCAAAACUCUCAAUCACCAAUCCAUCAUCAAGUUUCGUGCCUCGUGGAUCGAUCCCCAUCGACGAACCUUCAACUUCAUCACCGAGAUGUUCACCUCGGGCACCCUAAGAGAGUACCGGAGGCGGCACAAGCGCGUGAGCCUCGGGGCCAUCAAGAAUUGGGCGAGGCAGAUACUCGAGGGGCUCGAGUAUCUGCACGGCCACGACCCUCCCGUGAUCCACCGUGAUCUCAAGUGCGACAACAUCUUCGUCAACGGCCAUCUCGGCCAGGUUAAGAUCGGCGAUCUGGGACUAGCAGCCGUUCUUCGCGGAUCCCAUCACGCGCAUAGUGUCAUAGGCACGCCGGAGUUCAUGGCGCCGGAGCUGUACGAGGAGGAGUACGACGAGCUGGUCGACGUCUACUCAUUCGGGAUGUGUGUUCUUGAAAUGCUCACAUCUGAGUAUCCUUACAACGAGUGCUCAAAUCCUGCUCAAAUCUACAAGAAAGUAACCUCGGGGAAGCUGCCAAAGUCGUUUGACAUGAUUGAAGAUGAAGAAGCUCGAAGAUUCAUAGGGAGAUGCUUGCAGAAAGCUCCCAAUAGGCCAUCAGCUACCGAGCUAUUGAAGGAUCCAUUUCUAUCCAUUGAAGAAGAAGAUGCUCAAGGAUUUGCUUCCACCAAGAUCAUGUCUUCACCUCACAAGCCCAAUGCUCCGUCUCUGAAGCCCUCCUCGCCGUCGCCUGCGGGUCCCAUGCCGAGCACCAACAUGACCAUCACAGGGACUAUGAAGCCGGAGGAUGACACCAUCUUUCUCAAAGUACAAAUCUCUGAUAAAAAUGGCCCUGCAAGAAACAUCUUCUUCCCUUUCGAGAUCACGAGCGACACUGCCCUUGACGUUGCAACGGAGAUGGUGAAGGAGCUCGAGAUAACGGAUUGGGAGCCGUCUGAGAUUGCCGGCAUGAUCCAUAAAGAAAUCACUCGUUUGGUGCCGUCGUGGAAGAGCUGCAGCCCCUGUCGAAUCCCUCAGAAGCAGAGCUUCAUCAACUACGACGACGAGCAAGAUGAAGAAGACAAUGACGAUAAUAGUCCCCACCACCCUUUCUACACCAGCUCCUCCCAUUCCUCCUCACAAGCUUCCCUCCCAGAGCUCUACGAAGCAAAAUCUCUUAGCGGUUGGCUUCACGAUGAAGGUGAUGACACAAGUUCUGUGAGCUCCUCCUGCUCGGACAAGUACAACAAUCUCAAGUACUUCUCUGCAAAUGACGACGAAUGUCUGAUAAUCUCAAGGAGUAAUCAAAAGUGCACAAGAUUUGGACCUGAAGGGAGCACCAUCAACGGCCUAAACAUGUACGACUGCAGCUCAAGGCCUCCACAGAGGAUGAUGCCAAGGACGGCGUCGCUGGUGGACAUACGCAGCCAGUUGCUGCACAGGACGCUUGUGGAGGAGGUAAACAAGCGCCGCAUGUUCAACACUGUCGGGGCGCUCGACCACAUCGGGUAUAAGCAGCCGGAUUGUCAAGCCAGGAGUGGGAAAUCAGUGGAUAGGAGAAGAGCUUGAAUGGUGCAAUAUCUCGCCAACAACCAGAUGAUUCCCAAUUUGGAGAUUUUAAAGUUUUUUCUGUCUUCUUUGGUGUGUGAUCUGUUCAUUUUUGAACCUUUUCCUCUGCUGUAAAGCAUGUUUCCAGACAUUUAUAGGAAGAUGGCAUGCUGGCAAAAUGUAAGAGUUUGCAAUAAAAGUUCAUGUAAGAUACACAUGUAUAUACACAUAUUUGUUUUGACUCAUAAUGAGAGGUGAAUCUAAAUUUAUAUAA